AUGCCGACUCAGGUUUCUCCAAGGCCUGGAGCCAUUGCUGCUGAGAGACAACAAGCUGCUAAUAACAUUCGACUGUCACGUAUAAUGUCAUCUCAAAUGAAUGCGCAAAGGAGAAGAAGACUGAUAUCUCAGAUGCGCAGUUACCUGCGACUUGUUCGUAGAUCUGGUGGCUUGCGAACCGAGGAUGCAACGGAAAUGGGUCGUACAUUUUUGCAGACCAUGUAUGCUUUAGAAACUACUCAUGAUGACAUGCGCCUUGAUGUUGAUAACAUGUCUUAUGAGCAACUGCUGGAGCUGGAAAAUCGAAUAGGGAAUGUUAGCACUGGGCUAACCCAGGCAACUAUUCGAGCCACUCUGAGGCGACGCAAAUUUCAACCCAUCACUGCCGGUUCUACUGCCGACACUGAACAAUGUUGUAUCUGUCAGGAGGACUAUGCCAACGGAGAAGAGAUGGGCAAGUUGGACUGCGGACAUGACUUUCACUUCAAUUGCAUUGAGCAAUGGCUUGGCUACAAGAACCUGUGCCCCAUAUGCAAGAAGACAGCUCUGGCUAUCUGA